UUGCAGAGAGAACACCAGCUUCUAGCUGAAGCGCUCCUGGAAUACGAAACGCUGUCAGCAGAGGAGGUUAAGCAGGUCAUAGCCGGAAAGAAGAUAAAGCGUCCAAAUCCAGCAGAGGUGCGCAGAAGCACCGACAGUCUCCACCACAAUCCGCUUGUCCGUAUUCACAUAUUCGAAGAGGGCAGGAAAUAA